GGCUGUUGCUGUAGUGGAGUGUACUGUCCCUUUAAGAAGGUGGGUCUGGGUGUGGUUUCCACUGUGGACAUCAUGUGGCGCUGUGGAACUGGCGGUGUUGGAGUUUAGAAUGGGCAGACCGACAGACUGAUAAAGUGGACAGGCAGGUUUGGACCAGGUCAGGAGACAGUUGUUUUUCCCCACUUUAAAAAGAAAUGUAGCUUUUCAGAGUUAUCAUGAAGAUAGUGGAGACCGCAGCGCUGCUACAGCUGUGUUUAUAUGCGACAGCCACAGUUUGGGCUCAAAGCUCUACCGACACCGUGACCGCUGCGGCGGGCGACACCGCGAUACUUCCGUGUUACUCGACCGGAAACGUGACUCCGUCCUUAACGAGGUGGACCAAAGAUGGACGAGAAGUCCUCAGCGGAGACUCUGCAGCUGGACAGCGGCUCAGUGUGCUGCCUGACGGGAGUCUGAACAUCAGGGCAGUGAGUCCUGAGGACGAAGGGAGCUACCUGUGCAGCUCCACUCUGCCUCUCCACGCCAGCUUCCGGGCUGAAGUCCAGUUACGAGUCGUCGGUGGUCCAGAGAGUCUCUCUACAUUCAUUAGUCCUGCAAAAGCCCUGCCCAACGGAACGCUGGUCACCUAUCGGGGUUCGACCAUCUUCUUUAACUGUUCCAGCAGCUCGAAUGCUUCCCGGCAGCUGUCCUGGGCCUUCAGAGGAGCCUCCUCAGGCAACAACUCUUUGGUUUCAUCCACAGGAUCAUGGCUGCACUUCUCCAUAGAGGACAUUCAGCCCAGCGCUCAGGGAAAUUACAGCUGCAGGUCCCGCAACACUGUCUCUCAUCAGACGACCAAUAUAAGCACACAGCUGCUGGUGUACCAUGUUCCAGAUAGGCACCCUGAGUGUCUGUGGAAGCUCGCACAAGACACCUACCACGUCCACUUCAUCUGCAGCUGGGUGGAUGCGUAUCCCCCGGCGAACCUGAGCUGGGUUGAAAGCCACGGUGGACCCGAUGAGGUGUACAUUCUUUUAAGCAAAGUGAGCCCCAGCCUGUCGGUGACACUGAACCGCUCCGUGCUGUUCGACGGCCAGACUGUGGCGUGCGUGGCAAAGCACGAAGCACUGCCUCCAGGAACCAAGAAGGAGUGUUCGUUUACCAUCGUGCCUCCGUUUCCUGAAGGUGAGCCUCUGGUUACCACUCUGGAGGAGACCAAUGUCACUUUAACCUGCACAGAGAAGCAGUCCACACCUCCUGCACACACCGCAUGGAAGAGAGGGCUCAAGCAGGAGGACAUCAUUCCUGGAUCAAAGUACAUCCUGUCUGUGGACGGCCCCGUCUUCAAACUGACAAUCAUCAACGUCGGCAAAGACGAUGAAGGCAUCUACUUCUGUCGCAGUGAGAACCCCCUCACUGUCCGCGAGCUAGAAGUCUACCUCACUGUGAAGACGUCCUCUGUGUACACAGGAGCGAUCAUCGGUGUGUUUCUGGCCGUGCUGAUAGUUGGCUCAGCCAUCAUCAUCGCUAAAAUGUUGUACUCCAGCCGUCACCGAGUCUGCCUCGGAGGUGGACUGGGGCAAGCGGAUCAGGACAGAGAAGACGUGGUGAGUCUGGUGGAGUCAGAUGAUGAGCAGAUAUUCCAAGACACUGUUCCCCGCCUGCCUCCAUUAACCAACGGAUGUAACACAACGCUCGUUCAGAUCCACGGGAUCCCAUCGAGUGAUCAGGAAGAUACCGAACCCCCUGACACAAGUUCACAGCAGCAAGAUGAUGUAGAAAAAGAGGAGCCAGUCACGCUUGUGACAUAUUAAGGUGUUGGGAUAGUUUUAUUUUAGGAAAAUAACAUUUACUUCUGAAGAGACUGUGAACAGAAUUGGUGGAAGAUGCAUGUUUAUAACAUUUGAUUGAACUUUUUUAAAGGGUUGUAAACUUUUUAAAGCUUAUUUAUGUGUUUCUUUGUACAGUUUGUUAAAUAUUUCUUUAAUUUUGAGAUACAUAAAUGGAGCUGCUGAAACAAA